CCUCGUCCUUCUACAACUUUUCCCCAUUGAAUGCCUUACUCUGACCACAUACAACAUGCUAGCGCUAAUCACUCCUAUCCUGCGGCAAGCACUCCCGCACAGCCGAGCGGUUUCAAGUCUACGACGAGGGCCGCUUCAAUAUGCUACCAAUGAUUUGCUCCUUCAGCUAGAAGAAAGCACUGAUGCGGAUAAAGUUUGCUUGGCUGUGACGCUGGAGGAAUCCGCAGUGGAGUCAAUUGGAGACCCUGUAGAGGUCAAAGUGCCCGCUGCGGGAACCAUCACCGCUCAAGGGGCACCUGUGGCCCAGGUGUCGUGGGAGGGCUUCCUGAGGUCCGAGGGCGACGAACUGUACCACGCCGUUUGGACGAACGCGAAGGGCGUUUACAACGUGACGCUGCCCUUUGCGGCACGUGUCACUCAACAGCGCGCCGCCGCAGUUGAGCCAGGCGACCUGCUGCUGCCCCAGGCGGAACGACCUUUCCUGGUGCACGUUGAAGUGGACGCAUGGAGGUGGCGGGCAAGCUUAGAGAGUGGAGCAGUCACGCCGCUGCUGUAGCGUCAACGCUGUGUUUGCACGAGGGAUAUGGCACAGUUGCUCAGUUGUCGCGUGAAGAUACGUUCGAGCGAGGGGACUCUAGCAGGGUCAGGCAGGGUUUGGCACGGUCCUCAUCGCGAAGGUGUAUUGAGCUUAAUGUCCGCGGUAGGUUAUAUAAUAUGAAAAUCACAUUUCAUUAG